GAAGGAUUAUAAGAAGGUAGAGAGUGUCUGUUUUAGAGGUUCACCAGACUGAUUCCUGGAGGACGAUGAAGAUCAGUGAUCGUCUUCACAUAAAACAGAGGCCGGCAGAUGUGUGGAGACCGAAGGGAUCGAGAAAAUCUGGAUAAGGCGGUGGAUGAGAUGGGAGAGCAGCCGUCAUCUUGUUGAUGGUUUGAUGGGCUGAAUGGCCACCUCCUCCUGUUUCUCAGUUGAUGUUUCAGUGUUCCUGUCCAGUGAGGCUCCGGAGGAAUGUGAAUAGAAAUUAGUGUUUAUAAACGGAGAAGUAAUUUCAAUGAAACCUGCACAAUUCUUCUUCGGGUGGGAAUUCAGUGUCGGACCGGGAUGAGAAUUGAUCCAGUAACUCUGAGAACCGGUUGGUGGAGCGAUGGGGACGGGGAAGAUGCAGAGAUUAAAAGUGUAGCUGGGAUAAAUAUGAAAUAGUAUGUAAAAUGCGGUUCGUAGGUCGGGCAGUGUGUGAGGGGCGAGGAGCAGAGUCACUGGUUCAGGUGGGAAACCCUCCACCCGUCACGUGAUCCAGGUUCUCGCUCCCAUUUCAAACGCAGAUCUGCAGCAUUUGAGGUUUUCGCUUCCGAGGCCCCGCCCCCGCUCUCACAGUCUCCGGAUGGGCGAUGGUUUUCAUUCCGUUCUCUCUAGAACCGGGUGGUCGGCUGGGAGCCGGAGGACCGAUCGCUGUCAGCGGGAACAAUUGAUCAAGUUCUCAUCGCACAAACUGAUCACACCUCUCACCAAAAUGGGUCAAGGUUCAAGCAGUGGAGGAGCUCCAGUGGCGUCAACAUCGGGAAAGGACACGGGUCCGAGCUCAGUGAUCACCGAGCUCCUGGCAAGCUGUGACGAUUCCCAGCUGCUGCAGUUGACGGAUAUCUACCGGGACAGGCUGGAGCAGGCGAUGGAAGGAGGGGUGCACGGAGUGAGCCUGGCGUUAACGGCCGAGAAUCAGUUCAGUGGAGAGGAACAUCGGAAAAUCUCUGAUCUCGCUGAUAAGGGAGAGCGGGCGGACAGUUCUAAACUCCUCCUGAGCCUGGUGAUGGAGAAAGGCUCCCGCGCCCGGAGGGUGAUGUGGGAAACCUUUGUGAAAAUGCGGAUUGGUGUCCCAAAGCUGGACAGAAUACUGAAGGAAUUACAGAUAUAUGGUUGUGAUCCUUCCCAUCGACCAAUUUCCACUCAACUUUUACUAAAGGUUCUCAGUGAGCUGAAAGGUAAGUGAACGUGCAUUGAACAU